AUGAUCCCAGAAACCACAUCAGCAUCCCCUGAUUCAAUCAACAUGUUGUUCCGUCUUCUUCUCGCCGCCACUAUCUUGGUUGUCGCCGCCAAUUCGCAAGGCCUUAUGGCCAUCUGUAUGCAAUACUGUGCAUCAAUUCAAGGAUCGAUUUCUUAUGACAACUGCGCUCCAUGGAACAGCUACGAAACCCAUCAAAACAAGACUUGUUACAACCUCUGCGUGCAUAACUGUGCCACUGUUUACGAGGGAUCGUGCAUGACCGGAAAUGGAUUCAGAUGCUGUAUGAAGACCACACCAACCAAGACUCAGGAAUUCAAGCGUACCGGAUGCAACAAGAUUUACAAUAACCUCCCUGGAUGGUGGCUUUAA